AUCUCGAAAACAGUGAUGUGGCUUUGCGAAAAACGAGUUGUCAAACUAUGACAGAAUGUGUAGUUUUAAGUCAAUUUAUUUUGUUUUAUUUUACCUAGUUUUAAAUAAUGCAAAUGCUCAAAUAUCCGACAAGCGAUUGUGCGUCGAUGCAGACUGUUCAGUUCCAGUGUCUUACGCGAAAACACUGUUGAGAUAUUCGAGUCCCGAUUCCCGGAUAUUGUCAUUCGGACCGAACGAGGACGUGACCAUUUACAGCAAACAUGCUGGCUCCGACACGAAUUUGUGGGGCGCGGAAAUCAACGGUAAAAGGGGGUAUAUUCCCAAGCUGCACGUCAGAGAGUACCGUAUACUGAAUAAGCCCCAAAUCAUCGUCAAUACCGAGCUAGUCAAAGAGGAGCAGAAAAUUGAACCUGACACAGUUAAGGAGGAGUUUGAAGUUGUUGAUGGGACAACCAUAUAUUUAAGUCCACAGGACAUCAAACCCACUGCUAGGGAUGAUGGGGUUCAAGCAACAGCUGUGAGUGGGGAAGGUGCAAGUGAGCAGGGCAGUUCUGAAGUUACAGAAACUCCGCCAAUCGAGACUGAACAAACCACUGAAGCCGAAAAACGAGAAGCCGCAUCAGACGAAAACAACAAUGUCGCAACGAGCGAGGAAAAUAAAGAAGCAACUGAAAAUUCGGUUGUUGACAACGUUUUCUCAACGUUAUCUAACUGGAUGAAUGAUGAAAAUAAAGAAGGAAGUGAAGAGGAUGAAGAUGAUGAAGAUGAUGGUGAGGUCGAGGACGAAGAAGAUGAUGAGGAGGUCGAGGAUGAUGAAGAGCCAGAUGAUGAACAAACAGAAAAAGAAGAAAAUAUUGUUUCUAAUAAGGAUUUAGAUACUACUCUUGAUGAUGGAAAAAUUGAAGAUAAAAAUAUUGAUUCCAAGGAACAUGAAGCUUAUGCAGAAGAUCAACAGGAAGCAAAUUCGAAAGAAAAUGAGACUUCAAAAGAAGAUUUACAUUUUCAAGAAUUAAAUGAUACUUCAGCACCGGAAAUUGUCUCUCAGCCUCCAGAAGUUUUGAACAUUUUAAAUCAAGGAGUGAACGUGGCCAGUUACAGCGGCAAUUUAGAGGACCCUGUGAUAAAAAAUGAUUCGCCUUCUUCGCCAGAAACCGUCCAAGAGGAUAAAAAAGAAGAAUCCGCUUCCAAAGAAGAAUUAUCCUCAAUUGACACAAGUACACAACCAAAGGAUGAAAUAAUUGAAGAGGCCUCUGUUAAAUCUGAAGAAGUAAAAGAGUUUGAAGUAAAAAAAUCUGAACCAUUACAACCUGAAGUGCUGAAACAAGACGAAAAAGAAAAAGAAGAGGUUGGUUUAAAUUUAGAAGCAAAAUCUGAUACACCUAUACCAAAUCUUAAUACUGAAAAUAAAGAAAAGGAUGUUGCUUCAGAUGAAGUGAAAGAAGAAAUUGUUAAGCCUGAGCAAGUAGAACUCAAUUCAGAGGAAAUAAAAGAGGAGAUUGUUAAGCCCGAGGAAGUAACGCAGGAUGGUGUCACUGAAGUGCCUAGUUCAUCAGUGCCGAUUCCCGAUUUUUCCGCCGUCCCAGAACCUGUAACUGAGGCGUCAAUUUCACAGGACGAUCCAUUGCUUAACAACGCCUUUGAAGCUGUAACACCAGAUCCAUUAAGCAUUGAAAAAGGCCCUCCAACAAAUGAAAUAAAAGAAGAACCGAUUGCGCCACAAUUUUCCUUUUUCGGUGGUUCACAAUCUGCUGAUAACUCUAAAGAAGUUCCAAAAGAAGAACAAAUAAUACCUGCUCAUCCUAGUUUUUCGCUCUUCGGCAAUUCCCAACAAGAGCCGCCCAAAGAGGCAGAAAAGCAGGUCAAAGAAGUGACAUCAAAUGAAGACAAAAUCAGACCUGAAAUAUUGGAAAAUUUGACACCAGAAGCUUUUGGUAUCUCUACAGAUUUGCCGGAGAGCAUCACAAAGGACGUAGACAUGGAAGUGAGACCUAAAACCGACACCCAAACUCCCACUCCUGUAACCGAGGUGAUAAUCGACCUGAACAAAAUUGAAGACACUUCACCCAUCUUUGUAGAUAAAGUUGUCGGCGCCGACUACCACUCCAACAGCAACAAACAGGAGGACGAAGCUAGUGGUCUGUUUUCACGCGUCUACGAGUUCUUCUCGACCACCCGCGAGAUCAACAUCGACGACGAUUCCGAUGUGCCUUUACUGCCAGAACUGAGCGAGGGAAUGUUGCCUUCGAAGAGCAACCGCAAUGACGCCGACUAUUGCUACGGCGACACUUGCAAUGAGCCGAAGAAACCGACUGACAACGAAUCUGACGGCUUCCUCAACUUCAACGCGGACGUGCUUAUUUACCUGACCACGACCGCCGUGUCUGUGAUAGUUUUCCUCUUUGGAUACAUCGCGAUGGAUAAGAAUAAGCGGGAAACACCGCUUGUUGCCAGGAUUAACAAACUGGAAAAACAGCUUCUGAUCACCCUGAAGGAGAACGAGAUGUUACAAGAGCAGGGUAACAACAUUCAAGUUAUCGAAAGCACCAACUCCGUUCCCAACGAACUGGUCGACGAAUUGAAUCAAAAACUCGCAGAGAUGGGCAACGAUAAACUGGCUCUGGAGGAGCAGGUUAAGACGCUUGAGGAACAAGUCCAGGCACUCGAAAAAGAGUUGGAUACUUCCACUGAAGUGGGCAUGGAACUCAACAGGAUCGUUUCAGAAAUGUUGAACUCGUCGAACGGUAGCGAGACUCUUAAGGCAAACGUGGAACAGUUACAAAGGCAAUUGGUCGAACAACAGGACACAAUCAACACAAUAAACGAGAGUUUAAGUCUAAAAGAGACUGAGAACAUAGAACUGGGUUUGGAACUGGACAUUACUAACAAGAAGGUCCUCGGUUUGCAGGCCGAACUCGAAAAGAACAUCGAGAAGAUUUUGAAGAUCGAAGAGGAGCGAGAUCUGCAACAGAACACCUUGGAAGGUGAGAUCACAUUGUACCAACAAAAACACAAGGACGUUCUUCUGCAAGUUGAACAACUAAACGUAGAGCUUCAGUCGCUGAAAAAUCAACUUGCUGAAUCGAAUAGGAAUGCCGAAUUGAAAACUAAAGAGUAUGCGGUGCUAAAGGCCACGUUAGAUCAAAUUAAGUCGGUGAAGAAGGACGAACUGAAGUCGAUUUUGGACACCACGUCCGUGAAGGCGGAAAUGUUACAACUGAAGGCUGAUAAUGCAGAGCUGGCGGACAAAUUGUCGCACGAAGAAGUGGCAAAAAUAAACCUGGAGAAAAAAGUGGCGGUCACAUUGAAGGAAUGCGAGAGUUUGAGGAAAAAGUAUGAAUUGGCUGAUAAAGAAAAAUUGGAGAUCAACACCAAAUUGGACGUUCUGAACAAUUAUUUCAAAGAAAGGGAAGCGCAGUUGUUGAAAGAUAUAAACAAAUACGAAGCUAUCUGGGCCGCGAAAGAAGGCGAGGCCACGUCUUCCAACGAACGAAUCAAAUAUAUUCAGGAAGAACUGCAGAACUACAAGUCACAAAACGAAGCAUUAAAGCAGGAAAUCGUGAACCAAGAGGUGGACUUAAAGAGUCAGAUUUCAUUGUUAGAAAAAAAGAUCCACGAAAACUGGGUGGCGGCCAGGCAACAGGAAAGAAAGCUGGAAGAUGCGAAACAGGAGGCUGCCCAACUGAGGAACAGACUGACACUAAGAGAACGAAAUUUGAACGAGGAAAAGGCUCAAAACAGAAUACAGUCCCCGCUGGAGAUGAACGGGCACGCGAUGUCGCCGCCGCCUCAUCAGUCUCCCGCGUCUCCUCCUCUCAUUUUCGGCGGCAACGCGCGUGAUCACCUGACGAAGUCGCCGCCCAUUCCGCCGCCAGGUAUGCCGUUCCUGCCUCCGCCGCCUGGGGCGCCGUUUAUGCCGCCACCGAUGCCUGGUAUGCCCCCAUUUAUGCCGCCUCCGCCGCCGCCACACUCGAUGUUCCCCGACAGGCGACCGCCGCCGUUGGGCAGGAUGUCGUCGCCGCCGCCGCUUAAUUCGCGUUACUCGCCUGAGUCGACGGUUUAUUCGGGUUACGACCGGAACAGUCCGUCGCCGACGUACGAGGACUCUGAGUACGGGGCGUCUCCGCCGACAAGGGGGGCUUUCAGUCCCUACAAUGAGAGGAGGGAGUAUAAAAGACAGGGGCCACAACAUAACGGAAGGAAUGCGAAAGUUACAUUUAAUGUCGAAGAUAAAAUGGAUUUAUCACUCGAUACAGAACGGGUAAGUUCAGGAUCAGACCACUCGCACGAAUCGUUAGGGAAAUCAAAUAGGAAACAUUCAAAGGUGUAAUCGAUUUGUUAAGAACCAAAGUCAACUCAUCAAGCAUUUUUUACAAAAACCAUAUAUCCACUCGUAUUUUAUACUUCAGAAAUAUAUAUACUGAUGUAACUGUAAUUAUUAAAUGUUUUACGUUUACUUUUCCUGUUAAUUUUUGUUAUACUUUCGUAUUUUUCCUAUAUAUUUUAAUUGUAUAAUUAUGUAAAAAGUUGUAUAAAGUAAUUAAUAAAUUAUAAACAAGUA